AUGCAGUUUCGCCUGUUCUCUUUUGCCUUGAUCAUCCUGAACUGUAUGGAUUACGGCCACUGCCAAACCGGCCGCUGGAGACGCAGCAAGAGAGGUGAGUAGCGCCGUCCGCUCACCCGGGACAGCCGCCGGGGGCCGCGAGCAGGAGUGCUUGUGGGGCAGGAGGGCAGCUGCCGGAGGACUGCGUGCCCGUCCCCUCCAAACCGAAGAUGGGCAGCUCUCCGGCAGGUGAGCCGCCCCAGCUUCCUCGGCUGCCCGCCUGCCGCCGGCGGCAAGCCGACCCCUACGUGGGGCUGUCCGCUGCCCUUCUGCUGAGGAGGCUGGCCGGGAGGAGCGGCGCAGACGUGAGCUUCGGUGGGAAGGGACCGGCCGGAGCGGCGCGGCUGCUCAGCCAUCCGCGUGGGGCUGCCAGGGACGUCAGGUGGUGCGUGGGUGUCCCUCGCCAACCCCCAGUCCCCCGCCGCGGCCGUGUCCUCUUCUUCCUCCUCCUCUGCGUGGCCGGCAGAGCGGGAGGUCUGUCUGGAAGCUGCCCGCCGCGGGUAGGGCGCUGCCGGCAGCGACCUCCGGACCCCGGCCACAGCGAGCGGUGGAAGCGGAUGAUAGCGCCGUCGUGCCUCGUCAGCUUCCAGCAGCCCGCAGUUCGCUGUCAGCUCGCUUGCCCGUGGGGCAGACUUGGAAGCUGCUUUCUUCGCACCGUCCUUAGCGUGACCGUGUUUCCGAGGCACAAAAGGCGGCUUCUCCCCCUCCGUCCCCAGCAUCCCUUGGCCCCGCCGUGCCGCUGGGCUCGGGCAGCUCAGUCCGGGGGAAGCGACGGGGCUAUCCGUGCCUUUUCCAGCGCCGAGGGGAUUCCUGCCGCCCACCGUUGCUCCAAACGUGCAGCCCUCUUUGAGGAGGAAGGAGAGGAGCAGUGCGUUGGGGUUUCAUCUAUUUUUCCUGAGCUGCUGGUGCCGGGAUUACGGGAGCUGAGGAGUCGGAGCGGGUGCAGGAUAGAAAAUUGCGACUCCUGCUUUAGCAGAGACUUUUGUACCAAAUGCAAAUCUGGCUUCUACUCGCACAGAGGCCGCUGCUUCCGAGGAUGCCCUCCGGGAUUUGCAGCCUUGGAAGAGCUUAUGGAAUGCGUGGAAGGCUGUGAAGUAGGCCAAUGGAGUGAGUGGGGAACUUGCAGCAGAAAUAACAAGACAUGUGGAUUUAAGUGGGGCCUGGAAACAAGAACAAGGCAGAUAGUGAAGAAGCCAGCAAAAGACACGAUACCCUGCCCAACCAUUGCAGAGUCCAGACGGUGUAAAAUGGCCAUGAGGCACUGUCCAGGAGGGAGAAGACCAACAAAAACAAAGGACAAGAAAAAGAAGAAAAAGAAUUUGAUGGAAAGGGCCCAGAAGCAGCACAGCAUCUUUUUAGCAGCAGAUAAAACAAGCCAGUAAAGACUUCUAUUUUCUUGCAGACGUUUGCCUGUUUGUUUGUUUGCUGUUUGCAGAGUGCCCAAAAGCUGCUAUAUGCUCCUGCCCACGGAUGCACUACAAUUCAGCUGCUUUGACAGUAUUUGGUGGCAAAUAACUUGUGUGUGUGUGGGGAGGGGGAAACCCAAAAGAAACAGAACCAACUAAACCCUCCCACGAGCUUGUUUGUUUUAUUUAUGUAUAUCUCUUUUUAUAUAUAUAUAUAUAUAAUUUUUUUUCCCCCCUCCCUUCUCAUUUUUGACCUGAAGACUUCAAGGUCAGGCAUGCACUGAGUUGAAUUCAGUGGCAGUAGUGCUGAAGUGUGUUAAAGACUUUUUGUCCUGGAAAGGGAAGCAGCAAAGCAAACCUCCAUAUCACCACCUGGUGGACUUGUGCGUAUUGAACUAACAACAAACCCAUAAAGGAAGUCUUGAAGGUGUAGGUACUGUUGUCUUUAUGGCCUCUGCUUGUUAAUUUGAAGAGUAAAUGGACUUGACUUGACCUACUUAGCAUUAAUAUACCUUGUUCAGAGCUCCCUGCUCCAUUGAAAACAGUUGUAUGAUAAAACUGCUUGAAGAUAACCUCCUGCAGGAGUUACUGCUUAGACUGACAGAAGCACAACAGACUCUUUGUGUACAUAAUUACUCUGUCUGCCUAGGAAUCAACAUAUUUACUAUGCAUUUCUAUGUAUGAUACUUUAUACAUCUUUAAAGUUAUGUCCUGUUGGCUCUGCUAAUAUACUUUUGAAAUAACCCAGUAAAUGUUUCCUUUUUA